AUGUCUGACCCAGAGCUAGUCGCAGCCUUCCGCCACGCCGUCUACACCGCCGUCCAGGAGAUCCCCCACGGCCGAGUCACCAACUACGCCCAGAUCGCCUUUCUCGUCGGUGAACCCCAACGCCCUCGCCAGGUCGGCGCCUGUCUCAAAGGCCUCCCCGCCGCCGACUCCGACUCUCGCUUCCACAGCGCAAACGUCCCCUGGCACCGCGUCAUCAACGCCAAGGGCCUCAUCUCCCACAGAGGCCCCGGGUCGGCCGCCCGGCAGGCCGCUGCGCUGCGGGCCGAGGAUGUCGAGGUGACCGAGGACGCCAUGGGCGAGUUCAUGAUCGACUUUGGCGAGUACGGCUGGUUCCCCGAGGUGCUGCCGUCGGAGCAGGAGCACGUUGAGGAGCCGCCGCCUCCGCCUCCGAGACGGCGGGAUCAGGAGCAGUCGAGGCGGCGGCGGAAGGAAAGAUCGCGCAGGCGGCAGACGGAGACCUCUGAAGCAUGA